AUGUCAAGUGGUGAAGGCGUUUAUGAGAUUUUUACCGACAUAAAUGUUUUAAGAAGUCGUGAACCUGAAUACUUCGAGCUUACAGAGACUCUUAUUGCUACUUAUUUGAAGCUCCUGGUUCUUUGUGAAUUACUUUUGGGAAGUUCGAAAAAUGUUAUUGAUGUAUGGAUGUUUCUACCUAUACCAAUCGCUAUUGGGCCAGACAAUCUUCCGGUUAGCUUGGAAGGCGAUGAGGAGACGGGGACGUCAAAUACCGAUGGAGAGGCAGUUGAAGGUUUGGGAAAAGGAGAAGGAACCCCAAUGUUCUCAACUAUGGCCUCUGCUGAUGGUGAAAAAUUUGUUUCAGACUUAUCUGCUGAGGGAGUGACUGAACAGAUUACUCAGAGUGCACAGACUCUCAACUGUACAAAAAAUGCAGUGUCGAUUUUACAAGAAGGUUGUCAGCGGUGGUAUGACGGAGAUUCUCCAAAAUAUGAGCUAGACGAAAGGAUUGUGGGACCGGCUAAGUUUGCUGUGAGGUGCGAAAUUCGUGGAUUGAAGGCUCUUGGAGUUGGAAGAAAAAAAAAAGCUGCGAAGCAAAAUGCGGCUCAACAAAUUCUCAGGAUGAUAAUUGAGAAAGGUCGAUAUGACGAAUUUGGCCUUGGUAAAACAGCGGAAGAAGCUUACAACUUUGUGGAAACAUUGACAGAUGAUAUCUUGGAGUCAGAGCCCCUUGAAAGUACGAAAGGAAAUACUGUUCGUCAGGAGAACUUCAUUGGAAAGUUGAAUUCACUAUGUCAGCAGAAUGAGUGGCUUGCCGCACAGUUUACUCUCGAGUCGGAAGGCCCAACUAACAAUUGUAUAUUUACCGCGGAAUGUAAAUUAGGAAAUUUAACGGCUGAGGGGAAGGGGAAGAAGAAAAAAAUCAUUGAAAGAAGCUCAGAAGAAGAGCUGAAAGCAAAUGGCUUACAGUUGAAAAACUCUUCGGAACUGAAAAGUCGAGAAACAGAGGAUAGUCCUAACAGUGCUUGCGAUAUUCUUGAAAAUUCACUUAAUGAAAGCUUAGAAUUACCUUCCGAGUCCUCUGUUGUUUCAGAGGAAACUUCUGCACAAAUGCAUGAGAGGUGCGACAACAGUGUUACGCAAGAAAAAUUGGGUAGUUCAACAGAAAUUUCUGGAAGCAAAGUUGGUCAGCAGUAA